CUGGGCUCCACCAAGAAGAUCAAUGUCAACUUCCAGGACCCAGAUGGCUUCUCGGCCCUGCACCACGCGGCCCUGAACGGCAACACAGAAUUGAUCACCCUGCUGCUGGAGGCCCAGGCUGCUGUGGACAUCAAGGACAACAAAGGCAUGCGGCCGCUGCACUAUGCGGCCUGGCAGGGCCGGAAGGAGCCCAUGAAGCUGGUGCUGAAGGCGGGCUCGGCGGUGAACAUCCCAUCUGACGAGGGCCACAUCCCUCUGCACCUGGCAGCCCAGCACGGUCACUAUGAUGUGUCCGAAAUGCUGCUACAGCACCAGUCCAAUCCAUGCAUGGUGGACAACUCGGGGAAGACGCCCCUGGACCUGGCUUGUGAGUUCGGCCGCGUUGGGGUGGUCCAGCUGCUUCUAAAUAGUAACAUGUGCGCGGCCUUGCUGGAGCCCCGGCCGGGGGAUACGACCGACCCCAACGGCACCAGCCCCCUGCAUCUGGCAGCCAAGAACGGCCACAUUGACAUCAUCAGACUCCUCCUCCAAGCCGGCAUCGACAUAAACCGCCAGACCAAGUCUGGCACGGCCCUGCAUGAGGCCGCACUCUGCGGGAAGACAGAAGUGGUCCGGCUGCUGCUGGAUAAUGGGAUUAAUGCCCACGUGAGGAACACCUACAGCCAGACGGCCCUGGACAUUGUGCACCAGUUCACCACAUCCCAAGCCAGCAAGGAGAUCAAACAACUGCUUCGAGAGGCCUCGGCGGCCCUGCAGGUCCGGGCGACCAAGGAUUACUGCAACAAUUAUGACCUGACCAGCCUCAACGUGAAAGCUGGGGACAUCAUCACAGUCCUAGAGCAGCAUCCGGAUGGCCGGUGGAAGGGCUGUAUCCAUGACAACCGGACGGGCAACGACCGGGUGGGCUACUUCCCGUCAUCCCUGGGCGAGGCCAUCGUGAAGCGAGCAGGUUCUCGGGCAGGUACUGAACCAAGCCCAUCCCAGGCAGGCAGCUCACCGGGGCCCUCUGCGCCCCCCGAGGAGAUCUGGGUGCUGAGGAAGCCUUUUGCAGGUGGGGACCGCAGCGGCAGCCUGGGCAGCGUGGCUGGUGGACGAAGCAGUGGGGGCCACACCCUGCAUGCGGGCUCCGAAGGGGUCAAGCUCCUGGCGACGGUCCUGUCGCAGAAGUCGGUCUCUGAGUCCAGCCCUGGGGACGGCCCCGCCAAGCCUCCAGAGGGCUCCACAGGUGCAGCCCGGUCCCAGCUCCCAGCGGCCCACGCAGGGCAGGUGUAUGGGGAGCAGCCACCCAGGAAGCUGGAGCCAGCCUCGGAGGGCAAGAGCGCCGAGGCCGUCGGCCAGUGGCUCGCCACGUUCCAGCUGCAACUCUAUGCCCCCAAUUUCAUCAGCGCUGGCUACGACCUGCCCACCAUCAGCCGCAUGACCCCGGAGGACCUCACGGCCAUCGGGGUCACCAAGCCAGGCCACCGGAAGAAGAUCACCGCAGAGAUCAGCGGCUUGAGCAUUCCCGACUGGCUGCCUGAGCACAAACCCGUAAACCUGGCUGUGUGGCUGUCCAUGAUCGGCCUGGCCCAGUACUACAAAGUGCUGGUGGACAACGGCUAUGAGAACAUCGACUUCAUUACCGACAUCACCUGGGAAGACCUACAGGAGAUCGGCAUCACCAAGCUGGGCCUGAAGAAGCUGAUGUUGGCAGUGAAACUAGGCAGACUGCAGAGGCAGAAUAAAUGAGAUGGGGACCCUCUUUGCCCGAGCCCAUGAUCGCUCGAGGUGAUGGCCAUUGAGUCACCUCCCCCGCCCGAGCCUGCUCCGGCUGACUGCCAGUCUCCCAAGAUGACCACCUUCAGGACAGCCCAGUUUGAGCUGCAGGCUGCCAUGACUGGCCCGGCCCGCCGCCGCCGCCGCCCUACCGCCACCACUGCCGAGAAGCCUCCAACCACCUGCCCCGGCCCGAGGGCCUCCGUCCGGCAGAGGCCAGCCUGGAGUGGACAGGCGUGACAUGAGCAGCUCUCAGGGCUGCUGGGGGGGGACGAACCCCUGGUUGACAGCCCCAUGUGGUACCUGCUGGACGAAGACCCAGCCCCUGGCACCACCCAGGAGACCGGCCAGCCGCCCGCAGCCUACAGCGUCAGCAGACUGGCGUGCCUCCGAUUGCCUGGCAAAACCCGCGGCAGUCCUUCGCCAGGUGCCAGCCACUUCACACCAGCCACAGCCCAGCCGGGCUCCCCUCAAGCCCUGGGGCCUCAUGGUCCAGCCCCAGCCACAGCCAGGUGAAACCCCCCGCAGCUGCUGCCACCAACAAAGACCAUCACCCGUUCGCUGCCUCAGUCACCCACACGCAGCGGCUUUGCCUCGUGCUGCCAGCCGAUGGAAGCGGCGCUGCGGCGCUCGGACCCUGCUGUGCCUUGACCGCCCAGCCAGUGCCCCACACUGUGCCUGCCUCCGGUGGCGAACAGAGCUGACCCAAAACGUGCCCACAGCCUGAAUAAGCUAUCGGCAUCCGACAGCGAACCAGGCGAGGACGAGCUGCUGGUGCCAGCCGCCCGCCGGUUAUCGCCACCAGACGGCCCGGCGUGGGCCGUAACCACUCGAUGCUUGGCGCCGGAACCGACAAACGUCAGCCGCAGCCAGUCCUUGGCGGUCGCGGCCCAGAAAGGGGCAGCCCUUCGCCAAAGCGGCUCCAGCUCAGCCAUGGCCAGCGCCAACCUGGCAGAUAAUUCGGCGCCAGAUGCUGAGGCGGAAGGGAGGCUGGGACGAGAUGGCCCGGCUGGGGAAUCGAGGCACAAGCGCCCGGCAGACCAGCGACCUGGCGCAAGCGUGGACACGAGCAGCGUAGCAGCGUGAAACAUCGCAACCAUGCUGAAGCUGUCAUCAGUGGGGGGUGGGGUGAGCAACCCGCGGAGCCCCGAACCCUGCGCCCGCCCGCCAGCCGAACCAGGUUAUUACAGGGGUGUAGCCUCGGUGAAGCACAAAGGAAACCUGGGCCUGGCAGUGGUGAACAGGCGCCCGCACCCUCAGCCCAGGCCCGAUCCGCGGGACCUCCUGGCCACCGCCCGCCAGGGGGCGCCCUAUAGAAGUCAGGGGGGCCUGCAGACCCGCGGCCACUGUGUGGAGGAUGGGGCCGCCUUGGCCCGGUCACGAGGUCAGCCAAGGGAAGCGAGUGGGAGGGCCAGCCCAGCCGAAGUGGAGGCCAGUGCCACGCUCAGAGAGCGCAUCCAGGCAAGCAAGUCACAGGAGGCGUCCAUUCAUCUGGCCAGUCGGCCGCAGUCAGCGCCCGGCCCAAGGCCAAGGCGGGGAAGCAGGUCUGAGCUCCCGCGCUAGCCACCUGUCUGUGUACAGAAUAGCGCGGGCACCUGCGCCGCGAGAGCGACCUCACUGAGCGACGCUGGGCCCAGACUGCCCCCGCCGCCCCACCUGCAAGUCCCCAUACCGACCUGAUACCUUCCCCAGCUGCCCCCGCCGUGCAGUUCGGAGCCAGCCAAGCCGCCUGUCUCUCCCAAGCCCAUGCUGGCUCAGCCUGUUCCCAAGAUCCAGGGGCUCACCCACACUGCCUCAAGAAAGGCGCUGCCAGGUCCUGGCAGCCCAGAGGUGAAGCGCGCCCACGGCACGCCGCCGCCCGUGUCUCCCAAGCCGCCGCCGCCGCCCACGGCGCCAAACCGGCAAAGGCCGCGGCGGGGCUGCAGUCUGGCAAUUCGCCAGCCGUCGCCGCGCCUCGCCAACUCGCCAGCCAUACGCCGCCCUCCUUCAAAUACGGCCAGCACGCCGCCCUCGCUGAGCGCCAGCCCGCCAAGCCCCGUCCCCAGCGCGUCCGCGCUCGUGCCCGCCAAGCCACCGCGCGCCGCCGCCGCCGCCGCCGCCGCCACCGCCACCGCCGCCGCCGGGCCCCCCGCGCCGCGCCGACGCCUCGCCAGGAGACAGCGCCAGCAGAAACUGGAGGAGACGAGCGCGUGCCUGGCGGCCCGCGCGCUGCAAGCCGUAGAGGAAGAUCAGCAGGAGGACGCGCAAGGGCGCACUCACGCGCCCGCCCAGCCCUCGUCCGCGGAGGAGAAGAGCACCGGCAACACACUGGACGGCAUCGGUAUGUUCGACGACCUGGCCGACCAGCUGGACGCCAGCAUGCUGGGUGGCCUUGUGCUCGUCGGGGUGCUGGGCACCUCUGAAGCGCCAGCCAGGAGGGCCGACGAGACCAAGCGGGCGAGGCAGACCGUGCUAUCCCUGCACAAACACAACUCCUGCCCCUGGGCCCAGGCCGGACGGCGGCCUGGAACUUCGCCUGGCCCAGGGACCCGAGACUCGGCUGCUGCCCGGCGGAAGAACUCAAAGGAUGUGCCUUGCUCGCUGCUGGGCUGUGUCCUCCACACCGUGGAGCGGUGA